GCCCCUUAUUUCAGCUCAUGGUGACAACACGUAUGCGCUUUUCCCGACUUCUGCCAGCGGCGUUUCCUGGUAUUUGGUCGUUUAUAAAUGAUGAAGUUCAAGCCAAACCAGACCAGGACGUACGACGGCGAAGGGUUCAAAAGAAGAGCAGCGUGUUUGUGCUUCAAAAGCGAGAAAGAGGACGAGGUGCUACUGGUGAGCAGCAGUCGGCAUCCAGACCAAUGGAUCGUGCCAGGAGGAGGGAUGGAGCCUGAGGAGGAGCCCUGUGGGGCCGCUGUCAGGGAGACGUAUGAAGAGGCUGGUGUGAAGGGAAAACUUGGCCGUCUACUUGGGAUUUUUGAGCACAAUCAAGACAGAAAGCACAGAACGUACGUGUACACCCUCAUAGUGACAGAGACUCUGGAGGACUGGGAGGAAUCUGUCAACAUUGGUAGGAAGAGGAUGUGGUUCAAAGUGGACGAAGCCAUCAGAGUGCUGCAGAGCCACAAGCCUGACCACGCAGAGUACCUACGCACACUCACAAACACCUGCAAUCCCAUUCGCAGUCCUGUUUGCAGCCCGACCAAUGGUAACACCCCAAGCUCCCAUGUGAUGGACAACAACACACCUCACUAUGUUAUGCACUCCAGCGGCUCAGAUCUAGUCAACAGAUAGGAUCGUCACCACCAGCGAGCAAGUGCUGUAAGAGGAGAUGAAUAUGGACACUCAGAGACUUCUGCAUUGAUUGCGUCAUUAGCACAGCCUCCAACAAUAUGGACGUCUUUGAAGAUGACAUGAAACCAUUUUUAAGUGGGCUUGAAGAGUGCCGAAAUGUUUUCUGGGCAUAAUUAAGAUACUAUGUUUUUUUUAACAAACAAAACCAGCUAUCAUCCAAGUCAAACAGAUGAAGGAUUUUUUUUUUGUGUUGCUCAUUGAAGUUCCCUUUUUUGAAUAUCAUUGUACCAUGUUUUUUGUGGUUUCCUGGGGAGCAACACUGGGAAGGGUUUUGUUUUUAAAGGAAGUUAUUUCCUAAUAGUGACUCAGUGCCAAAUAAUGCUCUUCAGUGAGCCAUUUUGAAAAGGAGUGGCAGCAUUUGUAAAUUGUUACAACUCUUUUUGAGAGUAAAACUCUGUUUUUUCAGAAGACAGCUGAAACAAGAGGAAACAGCAUUACUCCUUUAAUUAUGGCUGUAUAGUGCACACAUGUAAGUGCUAAUCACUGGUAACCGACAAAGACUCUGACCGCUAUAAGGAAAUUGAGAAUUACAGUAUUUAGCCCUUUCUCAAACACUUUUAUUUGUGAAUUUAUGUCAGUUGUGCCAGUAUCAGUUGAAUGCAAAUCAACAUGAAAGGAUAUUUAUCAACUACCAACGUGAAACUUUGCUAGUGUGCCAGAAAAAUGCAGUAUGCAAAACUACAAAACACUGCACCAUAUCAGUAAUAAUAUAUUCUUCUAAGCUACCUGUUAUUUUUAGGGCUGUUUUAAGAUUAUUUUUUUUAAAUCCAAUUCAUCUCAGAAAUUCAGUAGUUCAUUACAAUUAAUCAAACCCUUUUUAUCACAGUUUGAAACUCCACCAUUUUGAAUUCAAAACUGUUUAAGUAUCCCUUUGGAUUUUUCUACUGCCUCAAACUAAACUUAACUUAAGGGUUGUUGAAUUCCUGUUUUGACACAGACCUGCUUUUAUAUGUAGAUGGAAGAUUUUAACAUGAACUUUAUCACAGAAAAGGGGGCUUGUUAUGUAUCUGAAAGGAAAUGAGGGGACAGUGAAAAGGUAAGUCUUUGAUAGCACAAUGUGCAAUUGUGCUGUACGUGACUUUUAAAGUGAAAUGAGGCCUUAAGGAGCAGUAGGAGGCUUAUUUUUCAUCACUGUGGCUCCAGAGAUGCUACAGCAGUUUAACAAAAGUGUAUUGAAAGGGACAAUAAAGCAUGAGAUUAGUGUACUCAUUGUGGGCCUUGAUAAAUUGCGAUUAGCUCUUUUAAUCUUGACAGCCCUAGUUAUUUUUAAGGUGAAUUUGAAAUAUGAUGGCUAAUUGGUGACAAACAGUGUUAGUAAGGCUUUUUUUUUUUUAGGAAGGGCAAAGUGUUGGAGUCUGAUUCUUUUACGUGCCUUUGUAAACAGUUUUUUUUAAAGGUCACAUAUUAUGCAAAAUACACUUUUUCAGGCUUUUCUAACAAAAUUAUCUGCCCCUUGCCUGUCUACAAUCCCUACUAGAAUCAGAACCCCCCUUCUCUUUUUCCACCUCUCAGAAAAUGUGUGCUAAACAAGCUGUUCUUAGAUUUUCCCCUCAUGAUGUCAUGUAGGGAGUUAGCACUGCCCCAGGUUUGGUUGGCCCUCCCUGCUUGGAAG